AUGAAGUCGUGGAUUCGCGCCACGGUCCUUUAUCCCGAGUGGCUCCAAAGACUCCAGGCAGAGUUGGACGAGGUCGUCGGGCUGCACAGAGUGCCCGAAUUUAAGACCUUCCUCGUUUACCCACCGUCCGGGCGGCCAUCAAGGAGACGUUGCGAUGGAGUCCCGUCAUUCCAGGCAGCCAUCAACCGGGGCCAGUCUCAGUUCUCCGACCCUGAAACCUACAACCCUUCGCGGUGGCUCGAGCCGGAAUCACAAAACUACAAAGAGCCGCGGGAAAAUAUCCUAAACCUGAAGCGCGACACUGCCUUUGGCUGGGGGAGACGCAUCUGCCCGGGCCUAGAAACGGCGCAAAGCUCCUUGUCCAUCAUGGUCGCCACCAUCGCAUGGGCGGCUGACAUUGCAAAGGCCAAGGAUUCUAAUGGCAGAGAUAUCGACGUUGCUGCCAUCGACACGGAGAAUGACUCCCUCUCUUUCCUCACGGAUUUCCCUCUUUCGAUGCAAGUGCGGGAUGACAAGCGCCUGCAACUUUUCAAGCGGAGAUUGGCAAGUCGAAGAUUUCUGGUUUCACAGACAUGGUCGCCGUCUACGAGUGAUGUGGGGGAGCGUGGUUAG